GGUGUAUGUGAAGAAGUGACGUUAAUUUAGCGCGUUACAGCUACAACACAGAAGGUGUCCCCAACUCUAAUCAAGGGAACAACUGAACAAUGAAAAACUAUAAAAUUCCCUGACGUAAGUUUGCGCCGGCUCGCUUGAACAUCACAACUUCUUAUCCUAGGGAACUUCGGCAUUGCUGCAAAGAUGCAACAGUUUGAUAGACUCAAUUUCUUAUGAGCUGGCUACUUCCGUCCCUUCGAUUUAACAAUGGACACAUCUAACUCGGGAGAUAUCUCCUGGACCUCUAUUCCGACUCACCUACUCCUUGCUGAGCUAUCAAAAAGACAGCAUGGAAGUUCCUCAUCCGAUGCCGAAAAGCCAGCUUGUGGAUCGGGCGAGCGAGGCGCAUACAAUACCGCGCUUCAUGUCUUCGCUUUAUUCCUAAUACUUACACUAAGCACGCUCGCUUGCGGUUUUCCCCUCUUCUCCCGCCAGUCCUCUAAGAGUCGCCGAGCCAAUACGAUCGUAUUCCUCAGCCAACACUUUGGCACAGGCGUCCUACUCGCAACCGCCUUUGUUCACCUUCUUCCGACUGCUUUCCUAUCUUUGACCGACCCCUGUCUCCCCUAUGCGUUCAGCGAGGGAUACCAACCCAUGGCGGGGUUGGUAGCUAUGGUAUCAGUUCUGGUUGUUGUGGCGUUGGAAUCAUACCUGACGACUAGGGGUGCUGGCCAUUCGCAUGGCCACGCGUGGGAUGUGGAUGAUGAUGAACCGCAGGAAGAGGACAAGAAUACCGCGACUAAUGGUGGAUUGUCUGCAAGAAGAGUUGCGAGCCACAGGCCGACGGAUAUUGCGCUCGGUGAUGUGAGCUCCAGUAGGGGUCUAAUGGCAGAUGUUUCCCCACUCCCAGAAUCCACGCCGAUCGUCGUAUCGCCGCCGAAUAAGAAACAUUUCAACAACAACGAUGACGGAGAGAACGAUUCGGACGAUAACGAUGACGAAGAUCUCGACCUUAAUCUCAAUGAGCUCGACCCCACUGCGGAAGACGACGCACAGCCUCUUGCCCAUCAUAACGGAGGCAACCAUAGGAGGCGGCAUUCUGAAUCUGCCAUUUCUCAAAGCCCGCUAACACCCGAAGAGCAGAAAAGACUAAUGCUCCAGUGCAUGUUACUAGAGGCCGGAAUCCUAUUUCAUAGUGUCUUUAUCGGUAUGGCUGUGUCUGUUGCUACAGGACCCCCCUUCGUGGUGUUCCUGAUCGCCAUCGCAUUCCACCAGACCUUUGAAGGCCUCGCCCUCGGAUCUCGUAUAGCCGCGAUUCAAUUCCCCCGGUCGUCCCUACGUCCCUGGCUAAUGGUUUUGGCGUAUGGGCUUACUACUCCCAUCGGCCAGGCUAUCGGGCUUGCCGUACAUAGGUUGUACGACCCGCGUAGCCAGACAGGUUUGCUCAUGGUCGGCUUUAUGAACGCCAUCUCGAGCGGCCUUCUGCUAUUUGCGGGCUUGGUGCAGCUGCUUUCCGAGGACUUUCUCACCGAGAAAAGUUAUAAGACGCUGAAAGGGAAGAAGAGAAGAAAUGCUGGCUUGGCUGUGCUGGCGGGUGCUACACUUAUGGCUCUCGUUGGUGCUUUUGCGUAAAUCUAAUUGAUAGAUUCCUGAUUGUAAAAUUUUGGCGUUUCCGGAUAGGGGCUAUCUAAAACAAGGAAUGAUAUAGAUGGCUACUAGGUAGAUGAUAUCUUGCUACUUCGAUCAAGGGUUAAGUCUAAUUCUGGACUCGCCACGGUUACAUGAAAAAAAUAUAUACUUGGAGCUAAUGUCAAAAAGUUGUCUUUCACUCGUCUGUUCUUUUUUAUACAUAUGAAUCCCGAAAUAUAUUCUACUAAUCUCAAGCACUUCAGACUGCUUUAGGUACCGCGGUUGCCCAAGGGUAGGUCGUCGACAUCGGGGAACCGUAGCUACCCAGGUCAUCGUAGUCCUUGGUGAUAGUC